AUGGAAGGACCCUCUGACGUCACAAUCUGGGUCUGUGGUGGGGAUGGCCAGUGGAUCGGAGAGCAACCGAAUUGCGAAGCUUUAACAUGUCCGUCCCCUCCCAUACCUGCGUAUGGGGGAGUGAACCCGGUGGAGGCAGACCAGUACAGCUACGGUGACACCAUAGAUUAUAGUUGCCUGGACGGGUACCAGCUUAUUGGGAGUGAUGAAAACACAUGUGGGCUUGACGGGUCUUGGGUGAAUGAAGCCCCAACGUGUAGAAUUUCCGAGACAUUGUGUUAUCCUGAACUCUAUGUCUAUGGCGUCAGGCUGUAUGACGUCAUGACAUCGCAGCACAGUUGCAUCAAGACGAGUCAGUUGCUCGUCCAAGAUACCAUGACAUGGGAUGGGGCUAAGGCCACUUGUCGGGAUCUAGGUAGCACUGUCCCAGGUGAACUGGCGAUGAUCAAGACAGAGACCAUGCAAGAAGAUGUACGGGAUCUCAUCAAUCUACCAAAGACACUGGGUUACUCUUUUGAUUCCUAUUUCUGGAUAGGGGUCAAGGAAGAUGGAAGUUGCAGCGGAAGGACUUCGAAUGAUGCAUUAGUUUUGCUAGAUCACCGCCACAAGUGCUACCGGUUCAGCCCCACCAAAGUGACAUGGUCCACUGCCAGAGAUACCUGUACGACAGAAGGUGGCUCUUUAGUGGAAGUCAUUGAUGGAAGCCUGCAAAAGUUUUUGACCCAGCAAGCGAUAAACAUUGAGAAAACCUUCGAAAUCGAAGCUAACUGGUCGAUUGGAGGUUACGAUGAUGGCUCUGCAACAGACAGAGCUUGGUUUUGGAUGGAUAAUACAAGGGCUACUUACAUGUCAUGGAACAGUGGCCAGCCAAGCAAAACUACAAAGAGAUGCGUGGAGGUUAACAGCGAUAUGAACCAUAACUGGAAUGACAAAGGUUGUAAUUCCAGACGACAAGCCAUGUGCCAAAUCGCCGUUGUAAAAAACCCUGUUCAUAAUAUUCAUUUUGAUAUUUCGUUCAUUUAUUACCUACUGCAAUCUUUCUACCUUACAGGAAUCGCAGCAUGUGGGGACCCUGGAGCUCCAACACACGGAACCAGGAGUCCAGGAGACAGAUCCACCUUCCUAGAUGGCGCUGCCAUUCAGUUCUCCUGCGAUCCUGGCUACGAACUAGAUGGAGCCACAGAGAUCACUUGCCAACCCAAUGGGAGCUGGGAUGGUGGCAAACCCUUAUGUACAGUGAUAUCUUGUGGAGAUGAACCCCCUGAGGUCCACAACGCGGUGAUCAUGGUGAUUUCACAUACCUUCCGAGGGACUGCAGUCUAUACCUGUAACGAAGGGUCAUUGUCUUCUGGUAACACACUCUCACACUGCCAAGCAGACGCAACUUGGAGUCAACCAGAUUUUCAGUGCACCGAAUCCACCAUGUCAUGCGAAUACAUAAUUUUCUAUAAAUAUCCUUAG